AUUUUAAGCUUUAAGAAAAUAUUUUUUUUUUUAUAAAUGAAAUUCUAAAAAGUGCACAACACAUUUUUUAAAAUAAAGCUUCCAUUUUUAAUAAAAAGUUUUUAAAUUUUUCAGCAGAGUUCGUAUUUUCAUCCUCUUGAAUCCUGGUUUUGGUGGAAGGAUACCAGGGAAUCAGUGUUAGGAAAGCACGAGGCAAUGACUUCUUCACACAUUACUGUUCCAAGAACCGAGUCCGCUCACCAUCGUCUCUACGAGUUCGCCAAAACUGCUCUCAUCAAGAUCUUCGUCCAUCCUUACGCGACGGUCUGUGACCUAUACUGUGGAGGAGGAACCGACACAGACAAGUGGGAAGCAGCUCAAAUUGGUCAUUACAUUGGAAUCGAUGUAUCAUCGUCAGGAAUAAGUGAAGUACGGGAAGCAUGGGAGAGUCAGAGGAAGAAUUACACUGCAGAGGCCAAUUUAGAAAUUCAGUUUCAGGAGAAGGACACUCAGACUGAUUUAGUCUGCUGUUUGCAGCAUCUGCAGUUAUGUUUCGAAACUGAGGACACUGCAAGGAGACUUCUACAAAAUGUAGCAUCUGUGCUUAAACCCGGGGGUUAUUUUUUUGGUAUUACUCCUGACUCAUCUACAAUAUGGUAUGAGAUAAUAUUUUUAUUAAAGACCUGUUGCUUGUGAUUUUUUUCCCUGUUUCUGUGCUUAUUUUUUGACCCAUUUGAUUAGUAGUUUGUAGCACAAACUUUAAAAAGUCGAUACUACCUUAGGCUUGCUUUUCUCUGGUAAACAAAUUUGGUCCUAGUAUCUUUCUCUUAAUCCAUUCUGUUUGAUAUUUUCCCUAAAGGAAAAAAGAACAUACAAUUUCUUCCAUGCA